AUGUCGCAACCUCGGCGACGACUCGUAACCUAUGGCUCUGCUUCCAAAAGCCAACAUCCGUUGAAUACCGAAAAUGCUGCUCGCUCAUCUGCCGCUAGAACAGCCCCCAAAGAAAAGCCUUUGCCAAGCUCGUCUCAUCUUUCACGGCAAUCAUACGCCAGGUUACGGCGCGACAAGAAUGAAGAUAAACAACCGUCUGGAUCGGUGGAAACAACCACGACUCGAGGUCUUGCUCAACCAAAACUCAUCGCAGAAUAUAACGUAUUUGAUUUUCCCUCUUCAGAUGAUGAACAGAUGCCCAUAGUUCAGAGAAAGCGAAGGAGAGUUAGCCCCGACGGAAACAAGGCAGUUCCUCCGGCUAAACGAUCCGUGAAGCUAAGCGAGACGGAGAAUGGAAAUCGUCGCGUGUCAUCAGAAAUGGGGAAGAGGGUGCUCGAUGGCCGGGGGCCAUUGGCCAAAAAUCCAGAAGUCGGCCAGCAGACAAGCCCCGUGAGGUCGACAUCAUAUACAAGGGCUAGGAGGUCUGUGCGGAGUCAGGCUGAGGUAUCACCUUUCGAGAAUGAAAUGAGAGUAUCAGUCGAGGAGAGCCCCGGGGAUGGAGAGUCCGUGCGAAGGAGCUCGCCGUACAUCAACCAGGAAUAUGCCACUAAAGCGAACAUCACUCCCGGUCGAAGGAGACUGAUUGACUCGCUCGGGAUUACUGAACACCUGGUUGAAACAUCUCCAGGGGUUGAAACAUCACCAGAGAGUCCCGCUGGUAGUCAGCCAUCCCCCGAAUCCAAUCCCUCCCGACCGAGCUUCGCCAAGUCUGCGUUCAAGGCUCUCCUGUCUCAGUUCCAUCUCAUUUACGAGGCUCACGUGUCACCUAUGCACGCCAGCGUUCAUUUUUUGGAUGACUUGAUUAUGCCAGAGGACCUUUCGACGUACGAUAUUUCUUCUAGUUCAAAGCACUGCUCUCAAUCUGUCAAACGUCAGUUGAAUUACGAGGCUACUUCCAGUGCUCAUUCAAUGGUGCCAAAUGAAGAUACCAAUGAGGAUGGAUCUGUCCGAAGUAUCCAUGAGCUCAGACAAGCUGGGGGAAACGCUCGUUACCGAGGUGCCGUCGAAUCUAUCUUUGAGGACAUUGAGGACCCGCAAAACUCGUUAUCGGGCCGAUGCAAUGCUUUACUCCAACUGUGUGGCAAACUUCUGGACACUGGGCUUAAACUGCGGUUUUUCGAAUGCAAUUUUGACAAAAGGCUUGUGGAUUGUCUGUCCAUGGACCUUCAGGUGGUACCUACUGUUCUGGCUUUCUGUGCCUACGCACUGGGAUCAUCGGAUGGACACAUGUCUUAUGUUCUUGCAAAUUCUGCGUGGCCUAAGCUCUUAGAUGCAUCGCCUGCCUUAUUGGGCAUGCAAGACGACAUACCAGUAGUCGCAAGAGCUCAUACCAGCGGCCUUUCCCGGCCUUUGCAGAAGACACUCCAGAACACUAUUCCGCAGAUAGCUGCUAUGAUGUUUCCUGAUACUGCAAUGCCAAAACUAUCCCCGUGCACUUUGGCGUUGUAUUGUCUGAGGUCGACGAUUUCCGUGAUGCAAACCAAAGGCCAGAACCCUAGCCUCUCCACGUCUCUCCUGAAACCGUUGGUUCAAGCACUCGUAUCCGAAAGCCAGCGUUGUGUUUUAUUGGAAAAAAUACACCCAGAGAGCUCUCAGAUACUGUGCAUGGGCUUUUCAAUCUUGGAAGCUUCUACCGCAUUGCCUGAGUCGCUCACAAACGAGCAUUGGGAUAUCCUAGACCCGCUCUCCGAGCUUCAUAUCCUGCUUUGUUCGGAGUCGGGUACUAUCAACCAAAUACAACCCCUCUACAUUCGACUUAUCUUGAAUAUCACCAACUGCAACACCUCACUCUGUGAUAGAUUCGCAACCCCGGAGAUGGUUGGGGGGCUGGUCCACAUUGUCUCUGCAAACUUUGGGGAUUUGACUGAAGAUGCUCUUAGGCAAGCGAACAAUUCUCUGGACAGCGUGAUAUUAGCGCUCGGCGCACUUAUCAACCUGACUGAACAGAGUGAAGCAUCGAGAUCAGUUUUUCUUCACUCUGACAGUACCUCAAAGCCUUUUCUUGAUCAACUCUUGCAUCUGUUCGUAACUCAUGUUGAAACCAUCUCCACAGCUCAUUCGGUCUUAGAAGUACACCACAACGUUGCUGUGGGAUAUUUGGCCGUGCUUUUACUAACACUCAGUUUGGAUCCCCAGACUCGGUCCAAAAUCAAGAGCUCACUCGCCCCCAACGGAUUGACAGCGGUGAUUUCUACCGUUGGUGAAUUCCUGCAAUAUCAUCAGAAGAUUGAACAAGAAAUCCCCACGAUUCCAGCCCAGGGGCAAACAGAGAGCGGGUUCCUGUCCAGAUUACAAGAACUUAUCACUCGGAUUCGACUGGUAGAGCAAUGA